AUGAGGAUUCCGCCACUUGAUGUUAUUUUGGCAUGGCCGACACCAAACUAUAAGAACCCUGUAAACCGGGGUCCGGGUCUACUCGUCAUCGAAUUGGUAUUUCUCAUUUUGGCUUUGGGAUGCCUCGGGUUGCGAAUGUAUGUCAGAUUGGUCAAAAUCCGCCAAACAUGGUGGGAUGACUGGCUCAUGGUCGGUUCUGCAAUCUUUUGCAUAGGCGUCACAAUAUGCGUUAUUCUUGCAACGGAAUUAUACGGUUGGAAUCUUCAUGUCUGGGACGUGCCGAUAACGGCUAUUCCUCAAAGUCGUCAAAUUUCAAUCGCAGCACAGACACUAUUUUUAUUCGCCUCUGGCCUUUCUAAGUUGUCUAUUCUUGCUAGUUAUUUACGAAUCGCUGCACCCGCUACCUGGUUUUCACGACUCACUUGGUUUACGGGUGUAGUUGUCUUUGCCUUGAUUUGGAUUUUCUUAAUCGUGCUAUGGACUCAAUGCUCUCCGAUUUGGCACUACUGGACGCUUUUCGCUGACUGGGGUAAUUGCAUCCCUGAAUGGCCACCUCUGGCUGGUCAAGGAAUCACAAAUGUCAUAACCGACAUCGCUGUUUACCUCUUGCCAAUGCCAACUCUUUUCAAGCUCCAGAUGCCCAUGACGCAGCGUGUCAGUCUGGUGGUAUUGUUUGGACUGGGAUUAGUGGUCGUCAUCGCAGGCAUCAUGAGAACUUAUUGGGUCCUUUACGUCGAGAUCAAAUAUGUGCAGGAUCCUAGCUACGACCUGAUGUGGGAUUCUUACAACAUCUGGAUCUGGACUGCCCUUGAAGCAAAUCUGGCCAUCAUCUGCGGCUGUGCCCCUGCAAUUCGCCGGUUGUUCACUAAGGGCGGAAACCAAAACAAUUACAAGGUUGGCAGCUCGGUGCAGACGAUCGGAUCAUCCGGAAACAAGAGGUUCAGGGGUGCAAGGGACACGGUGACACAAGAUGAGGCUGACGAACAUGGAUUAGCGGCCCUUGAGUCGCGAGGAACGAAUGAUGCUUCUGUUACGGAGCUUGUGCAUAUCAGAGAGGAGGACAAAAAAACAUGA